AUGUUGGUUCCAUUGAAUCGCAUUCCAAAGGUGCUAUCGUGGCGCCUAUUUUCGACAGCUCAGUCGGCGGUUGUUCUCGCUCCCUCGUGUGCCCUCAUGAACUCAUUGUCGCUUUUCAGAAUUGCUCCUGUUGACAAAUGCGCGGUGCGCUGGAUUAGAGUUCGCGGUAACGGCCAUAAUGAAAACGAUCGUAACGAAAACGAGAAGCACACUCAGCAAAGCGAGCGGACCGAAGAGCCGUCGAACUCAGAGGAGAAGCCAGAAAAACCCAAGGUGGACCCAGCUUUGCUACGUAAACUACGGAUCUAUGUGCUCGUUGUCGGCGGGCUGUCUUUCGUUAUGUCUUUCAUCGCUCUUUCGCAGAUGGCUACUGGUAAAGCCGAAGCAGAAGGAAUACAAACCGAACACUUGACAAGGCAAGGUAUUGAUAUGGGUUCAUUCCUAGCAAAGUAUUUAAGAGCCGGAGAGGUGAGAAGGAUAAUAUUUUGCCCUGAUUACUCUCGGGCUGUAGCUUUUCUACAUACUGGAGCUGUCAUUGACGGCAAAAAGGUUCACGAACCGGUUGUGGUAGUUGCUUACCCACACAGCGCCCAACAAUUUUGGGCCGAUGUACGAAAAGAAGAAGAAGAUAUGGGAAUUUCGAUAUCAGAUGGCGUGCCACUGGAUAUGUAUAAAGGCAUGACUACGUUCAGGUAA